GGGAGCCUUGGUGCGGGGAGGUGGGGUAGGGGGGACAGGGAGUAGUGAGGAUUGGCGGGGCGAGAGACGGAGAAACCCAGGGUAGCAGGACAAGGAGAAGGGGAGGGGUGCCCGGGAACCUGGGGCCCUGGAUGGAGAGGGGGAUGAAGCCGCCAGGUUUGGAACAAACAGGGAAGGGAGAGGACGGCAGUGAGGAGGGGCGCCUAGGAGGAGAGGUGAGGCCGACGGCGGAAAGGAGAGUGUGUUUGGGGGGAGGGAAACCAGAGCAGGUCUGGAGGCCGCAGCUCAGAAGGUAGCUAUGGGGCCAGACGGGAGAACCCCCGGGUGGGAUUGAGGGCAGAGACUGGAAUAGGGAAGCCGGGAGCCUCCCAGAUCCUGGAGGAGGAAGAAGGGGAUCUGGGCCAUCAUCGAGGGAGGUGGAGACUGUCACUGAGGGGCCGGGACGCAGGCAUAGGGGUGGACGGAGGCCCGGGGCCCAGGCAGAGGACUGGAAGGGAGAACUGCCCGCAGGGAAUGGAAAUGGAUGGUUGGGUAGUAUUGUAGAUGCCCAACUCCCAGUGCCCCCCACCCCUUUGCCAGAAUCCUCACCCUGCCCUCAUGACAUCCCCAGCGUCAGGGCCCGAGAGGGGGUGGGGAUUCUGACCAUCUCCCCCUUCCCCAGCGGGGUACAAUGUACGCAAGUAGGCCGUAGCAGAACUCCUUGUCUGUAGGUAUGUCCAGCUCCCCAUAGCCGGUGUGUGUGUGUGUCUGGAGGUCUGGGUGUGCUGUGGGUGUGUCGGGGGUGUUUAUGUCUGUGUGUGUCUGCCUGUUCCUAGGUUGUGUUUACCCAUCUGAUCUGUGUCUGGUCCUCUGUGUGUAGAUACGGGUCUGUGGCCUGGUGGUUUGUGUAUCUGAACGUGUAUUUGUGUGGCUGUGGGGCUGCUGUGUAUUUGCGGGGCCUGUCUGUGUGGUAGAUCUGGGUGUAUUUACAGGAUGGGAAUCUGUGUCGAGCUGAUCUCUCCGGGAGGUGUAUUUGUGGCUCUGAACACCUUUGUCAGGGUGUAUGACUCUGUACACAUAUCCUGUGUCUGUCUGUCUGUCUGUGGGUCCUAGAGGCGGUGUUGGGUUUUCUCUGCCUCCAUCUGUUUUCCACUCUCUGAGGACCCAAGUCACAUCUCCACUCCUUUCUCUCUCUCUUUCUCUUUCUCAUUCAUUCCUGGCCCCCACCCACCCCACAUCUUUCUUUUUUUCCUUCCCCUCUCCCCCACCAAGUGGAUCCGGGACCCAGGGAGGGCCGCCCCCCGGGCCUGGUGGCGCUGAGCAGGGCCCCCCAGCCCCCACCUCCUGCCCCACGACAUGAACCUCCUCUACCGAAAAACCAAGCUGGAGUGGAGGCAGCACAAGGAGGAGGAGGCCAAGAGGAGCUCCAGUAAGGAGGUGGCUCCUGCAGGCCCCGCAGGGUCCGGGGCCGGCCCGGGGCCUGGGGUCCGGGUGCGGGACAUCGCCUCGCUCCGCCGCUCCCUCAGGAUGGGCUUCAUGACGAUGCCAGCCUCCCAGGAGCACACCCCCCACCCCUGCCGCAGCGCCAUGGCCCCACGUUCACUCUCCUGCCAUUCAGUGGGCAGCAUGGACAGUGUUGGGGGUGGACCUGGGGGGGGAGGCGGGGGUCUCACAGAGGACAGCAGUGCCCGAAGACCCCCUGCCAAGCCCCGGAGACAUCCCAGCACCAAGCUCAGCAUGGCAGGGUCGGGGGUAGAGAUGCCUCCCAGCAAGAAAGCAGGCUCGCAGAAGCCAACCCCAGAGGGCCGAGAGUCCAGCCGGAAGGUUCCGCCACAGAAGCCCCGGAGAAGCCCGAACACCCAGCUCUCGGUCUCCUUCGAUGAGUCCUGUCCCCCAGCCCCCUCUCCUCGUGGGGGGAAUCUGCCCCUUCAGCGCCUCAGUAGGGGGUCCUGCAUAGCUGGGGACCCUGAGGUGGGUGCCCAGGAAGAGGAGCCCGUGUACAUUGAGAUGGUGGGGGAUGUCUUCAGGGGAGGAGGACGAAGUGGAGGGGGCCUGACUGGACCCCCUCUUGGGGGAAGGGGCCCAACCCCUCCAGCGGGCGCUGACUCGGACUCCGAGGAGAGCGAGGCCAUAUAUGAGGAGAUGAAGUACCCGCUGCCCGAGGAGGCAGGAGAAGGCCGGCCCAACGGGGCCCCCCCAUUGACCGCAAGCUCCUUGCCACACCAGCCCCCCGCCCUGCAGCCCCACGCCCACCGCCGGCCAGCAUCAGCCCUCCCAAGCAGGAGGGAUGGGACACCUACCAAGACCACUCCUUGUGAAAUCCCCCCGCCCUUCCCCAACCUCCUCCAGCACCGUCCUCCGCUCCUGGCCUUCCCCCAAGCCAAGGCUGCUUCCCGAACCCCUGGCGAUGGGGUCUCGAGGCUACCGGUCCUCUGCCACUCGAAGGAGCCAACGGGCUCCACCCCAGCUCCCCAAGUGCCUGCCCGGGAGCGGGAGACGCCUCCCCCACCGCCUCCGCCUCCUGCUGCCAACCUGCUGCUGCUGGGACCCUCGGGCCGGGCCCGGAGCCACUCAACACCGUUGCCACCCCAGGGCUCUGGCCAGCCCCGGGGGGAGCGGGAGCUCCCCAACUCCCACAGCAUGAUCUGCCCCAAGGCGGCAGGGGUGCCGGCAGCCCCUCCUGCCCCGGCCGCCUUGCUCCCUGGCCCCCCCAAGGACAAGGCUGUGUCUUACACCAUGGUGUACUCGGCAGUCAAGGUGACCACGCAUUCUGUCCUGCCAGCUGGUCCACCCCUAGGUGUUGGGGAACCAAAGACGGAGAAGGAGAUCUCGGUCCUCCAUGGAAUGCUGUGCACCAGCUCGAGGCCCCCAGUGCCUGGGAAGUCCAGCCCCCACAGCGGGGCCAUGGGCGCGGCAGCUGGGGUCCUCCACCAUCGGGGCUGCCUGGCCUCCCCACACAGCCUUCCGGACCCGACUGCGGGCCCCCUGACUCCCCUAUGGACCUACCCGGCUGCAGCAGCUGGGCUCAAGAGACCCCCUGCCUAUGAGAGCCUCAAGGCCGGGGGGGUGCUGAAUAAGGGCUGUGGAAUGGGGGCCCCAUCCCCCAUGGUCAAGAUCCAGCUGCAGGAGCAAGGGACCGACGGGGGUGCCUUUGCCAGCAUCUCCUGCGCGCAUGUCAUCGCCAGUGCAGGGACACCAGAGGAGGAGGAAGAGGAGAUGGGCACCACGACAUUUGGGGCAGGCUGGGCUCUGCAGAGGAAGGUCCUGUAUGGAGGGAGAAAAGCAAAAGAGCUGGACACAGAGGUCGAGGAUGGUGGCCGGGCCUGGAAUGGCAGUGCCGAGGGUCCAGGCAAGGUGGAGCGUGAGGAGCGAGGCCCCACGGCAUCAGGGAUUCCAGUGAGGAGUCAGGGGGCAGAGGGCCUGCUGGCCAGGAUCCACCACGGAGGGGACCGAGGAGGGAGUCGCACAGCGCUACCUGUACCCUGCCAGACGUUUCCUGCUUGCCACCGCAAUGGAGACUUCACAGGAGGCUACCGCCUGGGGCGCUCGGCCUCCACAUCUGGAGUCCGGCAGGCCGCGCUCCACACCCCCCGACCCUGCAGCCAGCCUAGGGAUGCCCCAAGCCAGACCCAGCCCGCGCUGCCGCUGCCGCUGCCGCUGCCGCCUCCGCCCGCCCGCGAGCGCGACGGCAAGCUGCUAGAGGUGAUCGAGCGCAAGCGCUGCGUGUGCAAGGAGAUCAAGGCCCGCCACCGCCCCGACCGAGGCCUCUGCAAGCAGGAAAGCAUGCCCAUCCUCCCCAGCUGGCGGCGCGGGCCGGAGCCCCGCAAGUCCGGCACCCCGCCCUGCCGCCGGCAGCACACCGUCCUCUGGGACACUGCCAUCUGAGGAGGCCGGGAGGCCCGGGCACCGGACUGGGGAGCGGGGCGGGGGUGCCCGGCUCUCCGGGAGACUUGCCUUGAAAGAGGGACACUUGAAGGACCAGGUGAGAGAAAGCCAGGGAGAAGCCCCAGCCUUGCACCCUAACAACCCCGCCCCCCCCAGACGGGGGUGUCUGCCAGGCCCAUCGGGGAUGUCCCCCACCCCCCGCCCCACCCGCAUCCCCUGAAAUUUGGGGAGGAGGGUUUGAGGUUGGGAGUGAGGCCCUUGGGGGCUCUCCAUGCUGGGCGAGGCCGAUGACUCCUCCUGAGAGGGCAAAGGCCAAUCCCGGAGGUCGGCAUGGGGGAGGAGGAAAGGGAAGGGAGGAAGGGGGGGCGGGUCAGGUGAAGGACGGGGCUAGCGAGUGUGAGGUAGAGGGGCUCUUUAUAGAGCCAGGAGUGGGGAGGGGGUAUUUAUUUCGUUAUUUAUUUUAGUUGGGAGGGCAGUUCUGGCCUCUUCUGACCUAUUCCUGGGCAGGGAGUAGGCAGUGGUGGGCAAUUCAAGGGAACCAAGUUGGCGCUCUCCCCAAGCCUGAAGCUGGCACAGCCACACCAACCCUGACCAUGGGGAUUGGUGUGGAUUGGGGAGCCAAGCAAGAGGAGGGAGGGGCCCCAGCGAGCUGAGGGCCGCAGACUCAUUUACAGUAUUUUACCACAGCCAGAAUUUGGUAGUGAGUGUGGCCUGCUGUGUAACAGGCAUCUUAUUUAGCUCUGGGGUGAGGGGGUAGCACCAGGGAUGGGCGGGAUGAUGGGGAAGGAGGGA